AUGGGGGCUCUGAGACCUCGGCUCUGCAUGAAGGAUGCUCACCCCAUUGACACCGGUGAUUCUAAGGUGAAGAGAGAAAAGCUAUUCCUCACAGAGCCUAACUCUAAUUCUCUGCUUACAGAAAUCCAAGCUGCAUCUGAACUACCCAAGGAAAAGUGUACUCUAGCAGAGGAGCAGACCUUGAAAGUGGAUGGUCCCGUCACCCACGACACGGAUUCCAACAGCCGGAAGGCUUGGCAGAGUCUGAAAGAUAAAGGGGAGGUCCAGACGAUGGCAAUCACAGAGAGAGUCUCGGGGGAGUUUAGUCAAGUCCAGGUGGGGAGGUACCUCCUAAAAGACAUCCCCAGUGAGAGCAUGCUGCACAUCUGAAUGACCAACCUUUGAAUGGAGGACACAGGACUGUACCGAUGUGUGAUCUACCAGCCUCCCAAGGACCCCAUCAUCCGGUUCUACCCUGUCCACCUGGUGGACCAAGAGAGGUGGGUGAAAGAUCCUUCAGGUACCCCUGCCUCAGGUGAGAAUCCUACCCAGAACUUGGCUCAGAUUCCCACCCUUCCUCCUAUCACCACCAAGACUGUGACCCAACGCCUCCCCAUGUCAGCUACCAGCGUCUCCUCUCCUGGCCUGAAAGUCACCCCCACAAAUGUGACAGAUGUCACCAGGGCCCCUGGGACCAGCAUUGUCAUUCCCGUGGUACGUGGACUCCUGAGUAAGAGCCUGGUCUUCAUUGCUGCUGUCACGCAGAGGUCAUUUGCCUCCUAG